CAGUGCGCAAAUACGCAUGAAUAGGAAUAUAAGUACAAAGUGGUCGCUAUGAGGGCCUUAGCGUGAGGGCACAGCGUCAAGGCCUUCACUUCGGUCGCAACGGGGAGCGGAACCGCUAUUCCAUAUUAAAAGCUUCCAACUGCGGUGCUUACUUGCAUUGACAGCCAUGCCCGCAACCAAGAGCGCGCCUCGCGAUGAUUUGCCGUUGGGACGGCACCAGGUAGCAGGCGCGGCUGGGGCGGUGGUGAGGCGCUUGCCAGUCUCAGCCAAGGAGGCUUCCCAGCCCGGGGCCAGGCGCACAAUGGCUCCGCCGCACCGCAAGGAUAGCAGCUCGCCUGAGGGCGGCACCGAGACCACCAACGCAUCCAGCAGCGAUGAUGACGACGAUGACGCGUCCGACAAGUCGGAUGAUGACGACUCGGUUGAUGAGGAUGAGGCGGUCGAGGAGGACGAGGACGAAGACGAGGACGAGGAUGAGGAUGAGGAACCUGAGGAGCCCGAACGCGGCCAGCAGGAGCAGCAGGCUGCGAGAGGCGUCAGCCCUGGCGGACAACAGGGCGACGAGACCGAGGUUUCUGACGACGACAGUUUCGACUCGGACAGCGAUGACGAGGACGAGUCGGAGGAUGAGAGCAGCGAGGAGGAGGACAGUGAGGAGUCAGGCGGCAAAAGUCAGAAGGGCGGGCAGGCCGCCGCAGCGGCUGUGGCCUCGCCCGCGCCGAGGCGGGCGCCCAGCGCCGGAGCCCGGACUGCCUCGGCAGCUGGGCCCUCGCAGCAGGCGGGCGUAGGCACCGCCGCCGCCGCCGCCACCGCUGUGGAGCGGCUGCUGCAGGGAGCGGCCGCGGCGGCACCAGCGGCGGCGCCGGCAUCGCGUGGCGGCACGCGUGCUCCUGCUGCAGGCGCGCAGCCCGCUGCCGCCGUCACGACGGCGACCGCCGCGCCAGCCGGCGCCGCCGGAGCGGCCUCUGGCGGUAGCAAGUACGGCACAGCAAUGGAGGCAGAAGACAGCAGUGCUGACGAGGACGCGGAGGACGACGACGACGAUGAUGACGCUGCGCAGACGCCGCCGCCGGGCAGUGGUCAGGGGCGAGGCCGCGGCCGGGGCCGCGGCCGGGGCCGUGGGCGCGGCGCCCUCGCUGCAGCAUCCGGCAGCGAAGGCGCCGAAGGCGCCGAUGGUGAAGGCGACGCGCCUGCGUCCGGCCGUGGCCGUGGGCGGGGCCGUGGACGUGGGCGGGGCCGCGGCCGUGGGCGCGGCCGCGGCAGGGGCCGGGCGGGCGGCAGCGACGAUGAUGAUGAUGGCUCAUCUUCUUCGGCGUCAGACGACGAGGAGGACGGGGACGGGGACGGCAUGGACGUGGAGGAGCAGCAGCAGGCCGGCGGUCAGGGCGACGGCGGUGGCAACGAGGACGCGGAGAUGGGCGACGCAGGAGCACACGACGACGGCGCCGGUAACUCACUGGGCCGCGGGCGCGGUCGUGGGCGCGGCCGCGGCAGGGGUCGGGGCCGAGGGCGCGGCGCCGCCGCGGCAGCCGCACCAGCAGCCGGCACGGGCACCGGGCGUGGGCGGGGCCGGGGGCGCGGCCGGGGGCGGGGCCGUGGCGCAGGUGCUUCCUCCGGUGAUGACGACGACGAUGACAGCAGCAGCAGCGGUGUCAUCACCAUUGAGGAUGACGACGAGGCGAAGCAGCAGCAGGAGCAGGAUGGGGCGGAGGCUGGCGGCAGUGAGGCCGUGGUGGCCGGCCGCGGCCGCGGCCGUGGACGUGGUCGUGGCAGGGGCAGGGGGCGCUCUGCGGCCGCCAUCGUCCCAGUCGCUGCUGAAAGCACUGGCCGAGGCCGGGGCCGGGGGCGCGGCCGGGGGCGGGGCCGCUCAACCGCCCUCGUGGAGGCCGACGCUGCUGUUACCACGGGUCGGGGCCGGGGACGCGGGCGCGGAAGGGGCCGAGGCCGGGGCGCUGCGGGUGCGGACGCAGGCGCUGGGGAAGCCGCUGCCGGCGCGCCCGGCAGCAGCCGCAAGCGCACCCGCUCGGCGUCGGCGGCUGAGGAGCACGGCGGGGAGGAGGACGAGGAGGGCGAUGAUGACAAUGACGUGAUGGAGCAGGACGAGGAGGAGCAGCAGCAGCAGGGCGGCGCGGCCGGCGUGGCCGUAGCAGCGGAUGAAGAGGACGGGGAGGACAGCGAGGAGGGCGGCGAGGAGGAGGACACAGGCUCGCCGGGCGCAGGCCGGGGCCGCGGGCGUGGACGCGGCCGCGGCCGUGGCCGGGGGCGGGGCCGCGGGCGAGGCGCGGCUGCUGUGGCGGCGGCCGCGGAUCUUGGACAGGUGGCGCUGGCGGAGGGCGCCACCGGUCGCGGCCGGGGCCGGGGUCGAGGGCGGGGCCGCGGCCGCGGCGCGGCGGCGGCACCAGCCGAGGCGGCCGCUGGCGCCGGCGGCGCGCCGACGCCGAAGCGCCAGCGCACCGCCCGCAGCACCGGCACCGGCGACGAGCAGCACGCGGCAGCUGCAGCUGCAGGCGCAGGCGGCUGGCAGGCAGGCAUGAGUGAUAUGGGCGGCUCACCGGGAGACAUGGCGGAGGCCGGCGGGGCGGGGGCCGGCGGCGCGGCUGGUGGGCUGGGCAGCCCCGCCUAUGGCACUGGAACCACGGCGGGGCCGGGUGCAGCGGCCGGGCGGGGCCACGGGUUGGGCACCGGCGGCCGCGGCCGCGGACGAGGCCGUGGUCGUGGACGUGGCGCCACCGCCAGCGGCGGAGCAGCAGGAGCGGUUGGGUCACAAUCGCCACCCCUUCGGGCGGUUAAUCGGACUGCUGCUGAGGCAGCGGCUGGUGCGGGCGCGGCGGCGGCGGCGGCGGCUGGCGGCGCGGCAGGGCCUGCCGCAGGCAACGCAGCGGGGACGGCUGGGCCGGGGGCGGCGGCGGCGGCGGGAGGUGGGGUUCAGGAGGGCGUGGCGGCGGCCCAGGCGGCAGUUGAGGACGCGGUGAACGGCGGCGACAUGACGGAGCGGGUCGCCGGGGUGUGGUCCGAGCUGAUCGGCGCGUUCAAGGUGACGCAGGAGUCGAUGCGGCUGGCGCAGGUGGCGCACACCAACGCGCAGCAAAUCUUCGAGCGCGACCAGAUGGAGGCGCGGCGGUGGCUGACCAAGGCGCUGGACCACCUAAAAAAUCGGGAGUACUGAGAAGUGGUGGAUCGGGCCCAUUGGGAUGGAGUGCGGCAAGCUGGACAACCGGGACUGCUGAGUCGUUACCUGUGCGCCAUGCCCAAUCAGCGAACUGCUGUGUCCGCUGCCGGGGGAGUGCGGGUUGGUCUGUGCGCCACUACCGGGAUGGGUGUGGUGCUGACGCGUGGCAUUUGAUUGGGCGGCGGCGGCAGGGGAGAGGGGAUGGAAGGGACAAGAUACCGUAUUGUGUGCGGCUGUCAGCUGUCAGGGUUGGUGUGCUGAGUCAGCACUGCUGACCUGGAUGCAUGACGGCGUGCUGCACUGCGGUGUAGUAGCGGCCAGGGAGUCGGAGCCGCGGACGGAUCAUGCGUGACGCUGUUGAUGGAGCGAUUGGUAUACUGCUCAGGACGCAGGGUACUGUUUGGCAAGACGGUGGCGUCACGUGGUGCUUCUGCACGGUACAUUUCGUGAUGGCGAGCUGGGGCGACGGCGGCGGCGAGUGGGGCUGAAUGGUUGAUGCGCGUGCACGCUGCACCUGCGCAAUGCCUGCGUGUGCACGGAGUUGUGUGCAGGCAUGGUUGGAUGUGUGCCGCAUGCUGAGGGGUUCUGUACAUGAAACUAUGGUAACAUUGUGGCACACACCUACGGUAUGCAAGGUUGCCCUAAACCGCACUAUCCU